AUGAAGCUCUGGAAGCUAUCAUUUUACGCUCUUGCCGGGCUGGCUUCCCUGGCAAGCAGCGUCCCCGUCAGCACCAACUCGACCGUCGCCGCGAGCGGCGACAAACUGGUCUUCUGUCACUUCAUGAUCGGUAUCACCAGUAAUCGGAACAGCGCUGCUGAUUAUGACGACGACAUGAAACGCGCAAAGGCGCUGGGGAUUGACGCCUUUGCACUGAACAUCGGCGUGGACCCUUACACCGACACGCAGCUGAACUUUGCAUACGAGUCCGCUGCCCGGAACGAUAUGAAGGUCUUCAUCUCUUUCGACUUCAACUGGUACAACACUGGACAGGCUACGACGGUCGGGCAGAAGAUCGCCCAGUACGGCAACCGGCCGGCCCAGCUCAAGGUGGACGGCAAAGUAUUUGUCUCCUCGUUUGCGGGUGAUGGCUUGGAUGUGCAGCAGAUGAAAUCUUCCGCGGGCAUGGAUGUCUAUUUUGCGCCCAAUUUCCACCCAGGCCAAGGGGACUUCAGCAAGAUCGACGGGGCGCUUAACUGGAUGGCGUGGGACAACAACGGAGAUAACAAGGCCCCAAGCGCCGGCCGCAAUGUCACCGUCACCGAGGGAGACCAAUCAUACGUCAAGGCGCUGGGAGGAAAAGGAUACAUCGCUCCUGCCUCCGGUUGGUUCUUCACCCAUUUUGGGGGAGAAGUGCCGUACAGUAAAAACUGGGUCUUCCCUGGGGAUCUGCUCUGGUAUAACCGCUGGCGGGAAAUCCUGACUUUGAGCCCUCGCUUUGUCGAGAUCAUCACCUGGAAUGAUUAUGGCGAAUCACAUUACAUUGGUCCCUUAUCGUCCCCCCACACCGACGACGGCGCCUCUAAGUGGGUGAUGGAUAUGCCACACGACGGAUGGCUGCAAAUGUCCAAGCCUUUUAUCGCUGCCUACAAGGCCGAGGCCACGACGGUUGAUCCCUACAUCACCGAGGAGAAGCUGAUUUAUUGGUACCGACCGACGCCGAAGGGGGUCAGCUGCGACAACACCGACACGACGAUGGAGGGCAGCCCCAACAACGCCAGCGGCAACUUCUUCCGCGGCCGACCCAACGGCUGGGAGACGAUGGAGGACGCGGUGUACGUCGUCUCGCUGCUCAAGUCGCCGGCCACGGUGCAGGUCACCUCGGGCAAGAAUGGGAUGCAGACCUUCACGGCCCCCGCGGGCGCCAGCGCCUUCACCGUGCCCAUGGGCGUCGGCCAGCAGCAGUUCACCCUCGUGCGCAACGGCCAGACCGUCCUCAGCGACACCAGCCUCAAGGACAUUGUCGACACCUGCAUCUGCGGGCUGUACAAUUUCAACGCCUACGUCGGCACUGUGCCCGCCCCGUCCACCAUCGACAAGCUCGGCCCCGUCGGCCUGGCCUCGCUGUCGCAGGGGCUGCGCACCGCCUGUCCCACAAACACUCUGGGGGCCAACCGCGUCGGUGUCGCCAGUGUCACCGCGAGUGUCAGUCUCAUCCCCAGUGUUAGCGCAACCCCAACUCCCACUCCUUCUUCCUCUUAUUCCAAGUAG